ACGACUUGCUUCGGCGUUUCGGCGCGCGCUCGCUGUGCUGCUGCGUGGAAGGAAACAAGCUGCUUCGUCACCGCCUACCCACCCGCUCGCGCUUACCUACUCACACCGACGGGAUUACGAAUGAUGACAGGGGCGUCGUCUGCCCGUUUUCGCUGCUUUUGUAUGUACGUAGACGUCCCCUCUCGGUGGUGCUUAGGAAUUCUUCCGCGGCCGUUUCUUCACGCCCUGACAUGCGCGACAGGUAUGUAGGGCAAGCUGCAGGGCCCGUCACACCGAACGGUGCGCAUCGGCGACAAGCCGCGGGCGGCUCUGUGGCUGCUGUGAUGAGGUCAGCGCAGAUGUGGGGCUUAGGCAGGUUGCUUUUGCCUGUUUGCUGCCUAUCUGCGUUCGCGGGGGGCUUAGCGAGCUGCUGUGCAGGUGAAUAUUACCUAUUUCUGCGUCUGCACACCUGCGGCCGGCCUCUGCAUCAUGCUUCAGGCGUGCAGUCAGGCACGAGAAUGAGUGCGGCUUAUGCGUCUUGGCGAUGGACUGGAGAUGGUGCUUGCGGGGCUGGCUGGCUUCCGCGGAGCUCGCCCAGACGCACGUCUGGAGCCUCUACCUCGCCGAGACUGUUGGGCCAUGUCGUUCGCCCAUCUAAGUCGAUUUGCUUUUGUUUCGAAUGCCUUUUCGCCUUGCCGGUUCAAGUGGCACUCACUUACGCGGCCCUGACCUACAGCACCUAGUCUCAUCCAGCAGGAUUCGACCUCCUUGCCACCGACCGCAUCAAAGCCUUGUCCAGGCCAAUGCAUCAUUGGUCGUCGCCCUUGUCGCUCCUCAACAGUAUACCACAUUCGCUACAUCGUACGACAUACCGC